GCAGGAGCGAGGCAGCGAAUCCAAGAGGCGCCGCGUUGCAGAAUGUGUGUGUUUCACACCGGCAACGUCUCCAACCGCCUGUGUGCAAUGGCCGUUCGUGCGUUACCGGCGCCGCCAGCGAAUGCAGCGAGCCUCCUUGCGCAAGAAAAGCUCUCACGGUAUCUUGUUGAAGCGACGCUGCUGCGAGUGGUUGUCGUCGUCAAGAAUGCUGGCGCCGAGUCAAGCGCGCGUGGGCAGUUUCGAUUCGCCGCGACCAAAGCGCACUUGAUGGGAUGUCUUCUCUCGAACUUUACCGGGUGCGUUUCUGCGUUUUUACCGGGCAUUUUUAUUCGACGUUGGCAUAAUAAAAUACCGUUGCUGCCUACUGGCUAGUUCAUUUUUUAUUUGCUGCGACUCGGUCAUGGUGAAGAUUGUGUCCCUCGGUGUCCUCCGCCAGGAAGCGGGGACGAAGCCCAUUAUCCUCGCCAACGCGUUCGACCUCAACUCGUUUACUUAUUUCAAGCGCUCCGGCGUUCGGGAGAUGAUCACGUUCUUCAGCCGCACGUUCGUUGAGCGGACACAGAAGGGCCAGCGCCAGUCCAUUCAGCACGAAGAGUACAACUGCCACGUGUACGUCCGCCAAGACGGCCUCGCCGGGAUUGUGGUGUGCGACCAAGACUACCCGCCACGCGUCGCGUUUGCGCUCAUGAACAAGAUGCUCGAAGAGUACAACAAGGAGACGAACGGGUCGUGGGCGCAGAACCCGGGCAACGGCAGUUUGGAUUGGGCACCGCUGACAAAGGCGCUUGAGGACUACCAGGACCCGACGAAGGCCGACAAGAUCUCGGCCAUCCAGAAGGAGCUCGACGAAACGACGGCGGUCUUGUCCAAGACGAUUGACAGCGUGCUGGAACGCGGUGAGAAGCUGGACGACCUUGUUUCGAAAUCGGCGGAUCUGAGCAGCCAGUCCAAGGUGUUUUACAAGCAAGCGAAGAAGACGAAUAGCUGCUGCGUCGUCAUGUAGAGCGAGCGCGGGUCAGCGACAAUGCGAAACAAUAGAUAUUCUUUUUGCGUCUAG